AUGCCUUUCAACGUCCUUCCUGGGCUAGCUUUUGCGGUGAGUUGUGCCCUGGGCUCAGAUUGCACGAGUGUGUUAACGCGCGCACACACACACAACGCUAAGUUCAACCAGUACCUAGUCUACCAUGCCUUAUACGCCAUCUACAUGCUCUGGCUGAGCCCUUUGGCCUCGGUGCCAGGGCCAGCUACGAGAAAGUUCUCCUAUCUUCCGUGUGCCUUUCAAAGCUUUUGCGGCCGAGAGGCCCAUGCUGUGCGCGAUCUGCAUGGCAUAUAUGGUCCAGUCGUCCGAUCCGGGUAUCGUCGCCUGCGGCCGGGGGUGCCCGACCUCCUGGCAGCUAACGGCCCUGAGCACGCUCGCCAGCGCGCUGCCCUUAACCGGGCCUUUGCGGAACGAGCGUUGCGCGAGCAAGAGCAUUACUUUCAGGACCAUAUCGAUCUGUUCCUGCAGCGUCUGGAUCUGCGCUGCGCCGCCGCCGAGACGGUUAAGAUGGUGCAGUGGGUCGAGUUCCUUGCUUUCGACCUGAUUGGAACGUUGGCCUUCAGCAGCUCCUUGCAAUGCCUAGAGAGCCAGCAGUAUCAUCCGUGGGUGACGCUGCUGAUGAACUUCUUCAAGUCAACACACUACUUCCUGACGGCCCGCUGGGGGCGCCCCGGUGGCGGGGCAGUUCCUUCCCGGGGGUACGAUCAUCAGCGUCUAUGCGCUCGCGGCAUGCUAUCACCGGGAACACUUCGCGCGCCCCGAAGACUUCACGCCGGAACGCUGGCUGCCAAUGGAGGAGCGUCCGGAAUGGGCGCGAAGCGAUCAUCUUGAAGCCUCGCAGCCCUUCUCGGUGGGUCCUCGGAACUGCAUCGGCAUGGGGACUGGCGUAUGCGGAGAUGAAGUUAAUUCUCGCCCGGCUCCUGAGUCGCUUUAAUUUCGACCUCCUGGACGAUGACUUUGCCAUUAAGAAGCAACGGGUAUACAUCAUGUGGGAAAAGCCCCCGCUACAUGUCCAGCUGCGUAGGAGAAACGACCCGGUCAUGGAGACAUUUUAGG